UGUCUCAUCAGUGGCAUAUGGCUUAUAUCCAGAAGAUACCCAGUUCCUGCAGUCCACAGGGGUACGGUGUAUAGAAUGAGCAGGCCUGUUUUAGACAUCCAUCAGUCUAGAUGUUACUCUUCUGGAGGAAGAAAGGGUUUUAUAUCAGGUUUUGUGGAGAACAUCAAACAGGAAUUAGCAAAAAACAAGGAGAUGAAAGAAAGUAUUAAAAAAUUCCGAGAUGAAGCUAAAAAGCUAGAAGAAUCUGAUGCGCUUCGAGAAGCAAGGAGGAAAUAUAAAACCAUUGAAUCUGAAACCGUGAAGACCUCAGAAGUGAUUAAAAAGAAACUUGAAGAAAUAACUGGUACAGUUAAAGAGAGUUUGGAUGAAGUAAGUAAGAGUGAUCUUGGCCGAAAGAUAAAGGAAGGCGUGGAAGAAGCAGCAAAAACAGCAAAGCAGUCUGCGGAGUCUGUGACAAAAGGAGGGGAGAAACUAGGCAAGACAGCAGCCUUCAAAGCUAUUUCUCAGGGAGUGGAAACCGUUAAGAAGGAAAUAGAUGAAAGUGUUUUAGGGCAGACUGGUCCUUACAAACGUCCGGAGCGACUACGAAAAAGAACGGAAUUCUCAGGCGAGAGGAUUAAAGAGGAGCGAAUAUUUGAAGCUAAUGAGGAGGCCAUGGGUGUGGUGCUGCAUAAAGACUCAAAAUGGUAUCAGCAGUGGAAAGAUUUCAAGGACAACAAUGUGGUCUUCAAUAGGUUCUUUGAAAUGAAAAUGAAGUAUGAUGAAAGUGAUAACGCAUUCAUUCGAGCUUCCAGAGCUGUCACAGACAAAGUCACUGACUUAAUAGGUGGAUUGUUCUCGAAGACAGAAAUGUCCGAGGUUUUGACAGAGAUACUCAAAGUGGAUCCAUCCUUUGACAAAGAUCGGUUUUUAAAGCAAUGCGAGUAUGAUAUAAUCCCCAAUGUCUUGGAGGCUAUGAUGUCUGGAGAGCUUGAUAUCCUCAAAGAUUGGUGCUAUGAAGCGACUUACAGUCAGCUUGCUCAUCCCAUCCAGCAAGCCAAAGCCAUGGGUCUCCAGUUCCACUCCAGGAUUCUUGACAUUGACAACAUUGAUCUGGCUAUGGGGAAGAUGAUGGAGCAGGGACCGGUAUUAAUCAUCACUUUUCAGGCUCAGGUCGUGAUGGUAAUUAAGAACCAGAAAGGAGAAGUGGUGGAAGGUGAUCCGAAUGGAUCUGUGACACCGUGCCAGACUUGGGCUCCUGGCAGCCCAGUCUCUGAUGGGCAGUGUCACCUCUCUCCUGGGAGAGGCAGAGACUUUGUCACAGGUAGCUGCAGUGACUCUUCAGGGAGUUGUUUUCAUAAGACCGACAAGGUUCUGCGGAUGCUGUACGUGUGGGCGCUCUGCAGAGACCAGGAUGAACUCAACCCGUACGCUGCGUGGAGGUUAUUGGACAUUUCCUCAUCGAGCACUGAGCAGGUUCUCUGAGAAGAAUCGCAUCCAAGGGCUUCCUUGAAGCGACGCCGUCUCUGAACUUGCGCCAAUCUGCCGUAUGAUGGACUGUGGGGGAAAGAGGCUAGACUGGUUCCUUUUCAGAAGAACAGGCUGUUCGGUGUGCCCUCAUUAUACCAAUCCCUAUAACGAACUGGACGAGUCUGACAUAUCUGCCUUACGCUUUGCUGUGUAGUACUGCACUGUAAGGAUGUAUGGUAGAUUUCAACGUGAAUGGUCUAAGGCACUAGCAGUUGCUGUUGGCUCCUUUUUUAAUUGUGGCUGAAGGAGGCUGGUUUGGGUCCUGUAUGUUUCCCAGCGCUUCCAGUGAUGGACAGAGGUGGGUAUCGGAGGGUGAGGUGUGACAGGUCUAGUUCCCAUCUGCUGUCAUCCUCUGGUGGCCUCAAAGCAUCCCUGAAAAGAUCUUAGAGGUGCUUUUAAGGCACCUCUUAGCUAACAUACAGAGUUGUCUCUUGUACAAAGUUGCACCGAUAAGCCUUCUGUUGCUGCAGUGUCUUGCACUUUACCAAAUCAAAUACAAUCAGGACUUUGCACAUGACUCUCUGUUGGCGUGGAGCGGAGUCAGGGUGGAGGUGUUGGCAUCAUCAGGCAGGUUCUCGAGGCCGGUUGCAGGGGUGGAGUUUGCUGCCAGUGAUAGUAUUUAUAUAUCCACAGCUUUGCAGGGGGAACGUCAUUGUUUCUGGUGUUCUGUUCAUUGUGUCAGCUGGUACCACUAAAGAGCGCACAACUGCAUUUCUCUGCUGGGUUAAUCUGAUGGUGUGGAGGAGACAGGCGGUAACUGGCUGCGGGGAAGCAGGCAGAGCGCUAGAACAGUCGUCAGGGGUAGGGGUGGACAGACUUGCAACAAACGAGUAAAUAAAAUGCAAUAACGGGUAGAACAUCACCUCUUGUAGCUCAGGUAUUUAUUACGUGAGAUGAGAAAAGAGGGUGCAGUUCACACACCUACUGCGUAAAGUGCAUUACGAGCAUGGCUUUCGUCACCAGAUGGGCUUGGGCUUCGGGGGGACGGCACACCUGGCCUGGGGUAGCAAUUGGAAGACGUCGGAGGGUGAGCUGCUGGCACACUUACACAGACUCGAGGUUUUGGGCUUCUGCUGGAGGCUCAGUUUGGGAGCUGUGAUGUGGGUCGAUUCGUCAGCUGCCUCCUCUUAAUGGAAAGUGAGGUUGGGGGACAAAAAAUUGAUCGUGGAAUAGGAAAUCAAAGGACUGAUCUGCUGCUGUGUUCUGCCUGUGCACAAAACAGGGCGAUGCAGGACAGCACUCCCUUGACAUUAUGAUUAAAGAGAAUAAUUCCCAGUU